CACAGGCAGUGCACGCGCCACGCUCACCCCACCACCACCACGACCGCGCCCACGCCCACACGCGCACCCAGCCAGCGACCUCCUCCUUCCCUCUCCCCUCUCCUCCCCACACCUCACUUCGCCUUCCUUCCCAAAGUGCAUCUUUCUCUUUCGCUUUGCAUGUCAACGCGAACAAAAAGAACCUCCUCUUCCACCUCCACCACCACCGUCUCCUCCGCACGAACCUUCCUCCCCACCACCACCACCGCCACCUCUCUGCGCCUCCACUCACUCGGGCCGCAGAUAUAAAGCCGGCGACCUCACUCGCACCGCUAGUGCCAGCUUCCUCCACCCCCUUCCUCUCUGUGUUUUCUCCUCUGUCCGCUCCAAGAUCCUGGACAUGGCGGCGGCACUGGCUGCGAGCGGCGGCAAGAAGCGCAAGUGCCAAGAGCUGUCUGCGCCUGAGCUGGGGCAGCUCCACGAGGACAUGCUCGAGCGCGUGCUCGCGCGCCUCCCGCCCGCCAGCUUCUUCCGCCUCCGCGGCGUGUGCCGGCGGUGGAGCGAGGCCGCGGGGUCGCCUGCCUUCCUCGCCGCCUGCGCGCGCGUCCCCUCCCGGGACCCCUGGUUUCUCAUGCUGUCCGACCAACAGGAGGACGAGCAGCGCCCACCCUGCCCCGCCGUCGCGUUCGACGCCGCCGAGAAGACCUGGGCGCGGUGCCGUGGCGCUCCUGGCCCAGUGCCGGUGGCCGCCGCGGGUGGGCUCGUGCUCUACCGCGCACCUGAAACCGGCGCGCUCACCGUGGCCAACCCGCUCAGCGGCGUCUCCCGGGCGCUCCCGCCGCCGCCUCCGGCCGCCGCACCAGACGCGCUCUACGCCGUGGCCAUGUACGGGUCACCCUACCGCGUGGUCCUCAUCCUGGGCGACCUUCCGCACCUGUCCAUGACGUUGUUCGACUCCUCCAAGAACGCCUGGGAGGACGCCGUGCCUCUGUCGCGGAAGACAGAGGCCUCGCCCGCGGACGUGCAAGCGCCGCACGACGACGGCGACGACGACAUUGACGAGGACAUGGACGGCGACGGCGACGGCGCGGUCUAUUACCUGAGCAAGUCCGGCGACGUGAUGGUGUCCAGCACGCAGCGCAGCGCGUCGAGGCAGUACUCGUCCGCCGUGACGUGCCGCAGCGACGGCGGCGAGGCCGUGGCCUACUUCCUGAGCCACUCGGGCGCGGUGGUGGCGUGCGACCUGGCGCGCCGCGUGUUCUCGGAGCUCCCGCGGAUCCUGCCGGUGCACUCCGAGUACUCGAUCGACGUGGUGGCCUGCGACGGCCGGGCCUACGUUGUGGUCCUCUCGGAGUACCUGGACACGGCGAGCCUGCGCGUGUGGGAGUUCUCCGACGGCGCGUGGCGGCAGGUGGCCGCGAUGCCCCCGGCCAUGUCGCACGCCUUGUACGGCAAGAAGGCGGACGUGAACUGCGUCGGGCACGGCGGGCGCGUGAUGGUCUGCGUCAGCUCCGGCGACGCGGACGCCAACGGGUGCUUCAUGUGCGACGUGGGAAGCAACGCGUGGGAGGAGCUGCCGCGGUGCGCCGGCGGCGACGGCGAGGCCAUGGACUUCGUGGCCGCCUUCUCCUUCGAGCCGAGAAUGGAGGUCGCCGUCUGACCGGAUCCCCCCGCCGUUGCUUCCGAUUGAUGUGCGUAGCGUACGUAGUAGUAGUAGUAGUGCUAGUAGGAUGAUUUGUUGCAUUGCAGUAAUUCGGGAGAUGUUUUCCAUGGAGAUCAAAUCACCCGUCUGUCUCCUGGGAUGUGCGCAUGUGUCGCCAAUUCUGUAGUAGUAGAUGCCACCGACUUCCGUUGUUUUUCUUGAUUCCCGUGCCGACGGCAGAGCUCAGUGGCGACUGGCGACUGACUGCUCUUCUCUUCUUUCCUUAACAAGCAAUUGACCAUUCCAUGCGUCA